AUGCACCACCCCAUAGUUUCUUAUUUACGUUUGCUCGAAAUGGUUCGAGGUGGCUCGAUCGAUUUUUUACUCGCGUCGCCGGAAAAUAUUCGGCGAUGUCAGUCUUUAUGAACGAGACGAUACGUCGGUAAAAAUUCGGGCGAAAUACUAGAUAUUCACUGAAUACCGAAUCUUAUCGUCUCUAACGCCUCCUCAUACGUUUCAUCGAGGUCGUCGCGCUUACGAGGUUAAGUUCGUCUGAUACUCUCUGUGCCUUUCCACAGACUUUUGUUCUUAGUACGAGCGCACGCAUUGUUCGAAAUCAUGCUAACACGGCUCUUAAUUGUUCCUAAGCUUACAGUGUCCGGUGCCUGACAACAAAAGCAUAAUUAUCAUGUUUCGAUUCAGUGAAUGACAGCCAACCGGCAAAUAGUAUAUUGCAUAUUUCAGCUCGCAUCAAUGAAAUGCACCCGACAAAGUGCUCGUACUUUAUAUGACUUCCUUGUUUGUUCCGCGUGUUAAGCGGUCAAAGCUUUUAGAAAUUAGAGGAUUUCUCUUCUGAACGGAUGUGCAUGAAAAAUGACCCUGUUACAGUAUGUUGGAAUUUUCGUGCUUCUAAUUGCACAUCAAGUACAAGCAGACUUCAAAGUUUCCACACAAGAUUUAAAGGUCCACUUAAAUGGUCAGCAGUCAUUUGAAUUGUACCUGACGAAGAACCUAUCAGAAAAUGUGUUGGUAACGAUAGAAGUGCAGCAUCCAGAUUUGGUUAAAACUUUACCUGAUACAUUGAGUAUUAAUGCAAGCGAUAUUAUUGACAAAUGGAGUAUAAUCGUAGAAGGCAAAAGUGCAGGACAUUCAGUUGUAGCUGUUAAUAUUACGCCUAAUAAUGUUACAGAUUUUUCAGAUGCAUUCGUUAGAGUUACAGUGGAAAAGUCUGAAGUUCUGUAUCAUAUAAGUAGUGUCGUAGGAUGGAUAUACUUUUUAGCAUGGAGCGUUAGCUUCUAUCCACAAAUAUAUAGCAACUAUAGACGUAAAAGCGUCGUCGGAUUAAAUUUCGACUAUUUAUCAUUAAAUUUAAUUGGUUUUAUUAUGUACUCAUUAUUUAAUUGUGGAUUAUACUGGAUACCUGAAGUGGAGCUUGAAUACUUCAGACGGUACCCUAAAGGAUUAAAUCCUGUACAAGUGAAUGAUAUUUUUUUUUCCUUACAUGCAUCAUUUGCUACUGUGAUAACUAUUAUUCAAUGCUUUAUUUAUGAAAUAGGAAAUCAGACAGUGUCUAUUACAGCACGUAUUAUUCAUGCAAUAUUUGCUGUCUUUAUAUUAAUCUCUAUAAUACUAGCUGGAGUAGCAACAAUCACGUGGCUGGACUUCCUGUAUUAUUGCAGUUACGUUAAAUUGUGUAUAACACUAAUUAAAUACGUACCUCAAGCAUUUUAUAAUUAUAAAAGAAAAUCUACCGACGGCUGGAGUAUUGGCAAUAUAUUCUUGGAUUUUACUGGCGGCAUGUUAUCGAUGCUGCAGAUGAUACUGAAUGCAUACAAUUAUGAUGAUUGGGAAAGUAUUUUUGGAGAUCCAACGAAAUUUGGUCUGGGAUUCUUUUCAGUCGCAUUUGAUAUAUUUUUCAUUUUACAACAUUACGUAUUUUACAGAGAUAACCCGAAUGAAAGAAGUAACGAAAUACUUCAUAAACAAGAGAGUUCAGACGACGAAGAGACGAGGAUGUGUUGCGGUUUAAUAAUACAGAAAUAAGAUUACAUUGAAAAAUAUUCUAUAAAAUUUUGUUCUGUUGUAAAUGCAGCUUCAGUAUUCUAUACAUUUAAAAUAUUUCAGUGCAUUUCAUUACAUUAAUUUUUAAUAUUUGAAAGAAUCUCAGUUGGUUGUUAAUUGCGAAAAAAGAAAAGCAAAGAAAUUUAUAAAGAACAAUAGAUUAAUAAAUUUCAGUGUAUUAGUACGAAUUUUUUUAUGUAGGAAAUCGAAUAAUUUAAAAUUAUAUAUAUUAAAUUUCAUUAUUAACGAGCAGAUAAAUAAUUAGGCAUUGAAUGAAAAUGGUGAUGGAUUUGAAGUGCACGAUUAUUAUGCCAUGCGUAUUUAUAGUUUGCUAUUUUUUUUAUAUGAAUAAGAAAUGUGCAAAAUUAAGGAAGAAAGUUUUGUAAUUUUAGCGUUAUGAUGAAAAUAGUUUGCUAGGUUUUGUGCAUUUUGAUCGAUCUAAAUGUAAAAUGAGAUUUUAUUAUGCAAUAAUUGUAUAAACAGUAUUUUAAACCAGGUUUACAAUUUCGUUUCAAUUAAUGUGCAAAAAGUGUUGUUAUUGUUGUGUCAUGCAUGCAGCAUGUUAUUGAAGUACUUUUUACAUCAUGGGAAAAUCUAUUCAUAAUUAAGAUUUUGUAUUAUUUUGCCAUAGUUAUUACAAUUUACAUCAUUGUAUUCAUUUGUGCAUCAAACACAAAUAUGUUAUAGUUCAUGUAUUUAUAUUCAAUCACCAUAGCAAAUUUUUAUACGCUCUACACUACCUCUGAUUAAAUUCCUAUGAAUCAAUAAAAUGUCAGAUUUUAAUUAA